AGAAAAUGUGAGUAUUUAGUUAAUAGUGUGAUUUUCCUUCAUGAAAAUUGGGUGGUCAUCGUGGACUCCUUCACUACCCUAUGCCAAGAACAUGGAUACGAUUGGCUAUCUUUCCCCCUUAUCACUUAAAACCUUGUAAUUCUUUCUAUAUGCAUUACUCUCUUCUUCAACUCCACCUUCACCUCCCAACAAAUUAAGCCAAAGAUAAUCUUAAACAUGAAUGGCAGCCUCCCGGAUCACCAUAACUGGCCACAACCAGUGUUGUCAUACAGUGAAGCGGUUCGGGAGCUCCAUGCAACCAUAGAGAGUGAGUGGGACUCGGUUAAACAGUCGGCUUGCCAGACUGCAGCUGGACGGGCACUAUGGAACCAUGUUGUAAAUGACCCAUUAGCCGAGUUGUUCGCGGGUGAGACGUAUUUGAAAAAUCUUUAUGACAAGAUCAAGAAAGACCGGUUGAAUAAUGCGCCGGAGGUUUCUGGUGUGAUUCUCGCGGUUAGGACUCUGUGGUUCGAUUCGAAGCUGGAGCUUGCGGUUGAGUCGUUUGGUGGUGGUGGAGCUCAGGUUGUUCUUCUCGGUGCAGGAAUGGAUACGCGGGCGUAUCGGUUAGAAUGCUUGAAAGAAAGUGAUGUUUAUGAGAUAGAUUUUCCGGAGGUGAUGCAAAUGAAACAUACUUUACUUCAAGCAGCAAUCGGAUUGAUAAACGAGCCGACGAUGAUCGCGAAAUCGCUUAGAAGAAUAGCGGUAGAUAUCAGAGACGACGACUGGUUCAAGAAGCUUAUGGAAUCCGGGUUCAUCCCCGAGAAGAACACCGUGUGGAUUCUCGAAGGAAUCAUUUAUUACCUCCCUCAUUCUCAAGCCAUGGGAGUGUUGAAAAUAAUAGCCGACAACUGCAGGAUCACACACACGGUUUUGCUAGCGGAUUUCAUGAACAAACAAUCAACCGCACUUUCGGCUACCAACUACCACUUCUACAGUGACUGGCCUGAUCAACUGCUUCCGUCUCUAGGGUUCUCCGAUGUCAAACUUUCACAAAUUGGUGACCCGGAUGCUGAUUACGGUCUGUUGCAUGAUCCACAUAAUCUGUUUAACCGGCUGCGCGGUUUGCCAAGGUCCAUCCAAAACCACCCGGAUGAUGGAACUCCGUGCCGUCGGUUGUAUUUGGUGCAGGCUUCCGGUUCACCCAACGGUUCUUGAUGAGCGGAGAUAUGUUAUAUAUGUAGAUUUGUUUGCAUUAAUGUGAUUCUUUAAAGAAGCAGUAAGAAGAUAGUAAAUGAUGAACAACUAAACACAAAGUUGGAGGUUUACAUGAUGAAGAAGUAAAUGAUUUAAAGUUCAAGACAAUCUUUAAUCCCCUGCUCAAAAUUGUUAAGAGAAGAUAUGGUAUCCAUUAGUGCAUCAGCCACCUUCUGUCUGUAGCAAAAUAUAUAUAAAUAUUAUAUUAUAUCAUAUUAUUAUAUGUUUGAUUUAAAAGUA